AUGGACGCGACCCGCGCUCUGGGUUUGCCGCCCAACCAUACCGUCUCGCCCCAGGAAGCGCGGGCCAACGCGGCGAAGCGUGCCCGGGGAGCUGGACCCGAUGUCGGCAAGGUGCAGGACCGUAGCGUUCCCGGUCCCGCCGGGGAAGUGCCAGUGCGCAUCUACACACCGGAGGGCGACGGGCCGUUCCCGGUGCUCGUCUGGUAUCACGGCGGCGGCUGGGUUGUGGGCAACCUGGAAUCGGCGGACGGUACAGCUCGGAAUCUUUGCGCCGGUUCGCGGUGCGUGGUCGUUUCCGUGGACUACCGCCUUUCUCCGGAAGCCAAGUUCCCUGAGCCCUUUGACGACUGUUACUACGCCACCGUGUGGGCCAGCGACCACGCCGGCGAGAUUGGCGGCGUGCCCGGCGUGGUCGCGGUGGGCGGCGACAGCGCCGGCGGCAACCUGGCGGCGGCGGUGAACAUCAAAGCGGCGGACACCGGAGACUUCCGCGUCAGCCACCAACUGCUGGUAUACCCGGUCACCGACGCCAAAUGCGACACCGGUUCCUACGAGGACAACGGCACCGGGUACGGGCUGGAGCGCGUUGGCAUGAUCUGGUUCUGGGACCAGUACCUGGCCGACCCCGCCCAGGCGGAGGACCCGCUGGUCGCGCCGUUGCAGCUCAGCCCCGAUUUCGACGCCGUCGACGACCUGGCUCCGGCCUUGGUCAUCACCGCGGAAUACGAUCCGCUGCGCGACGAAGGCGAGGCUUACGCGCGGCUGCUGAACGAAAUGGGCGUUCCGGCGGAAUCCAACCGCUACGACGGGAUGAUCCACGGCUUCUUCAGCAUGGCCAGCGUCAUGGAUACCGCCCGCGUGGCAAUGGACGACGCCUGCCGGUUCCUGCGCGGCGCCGUGGAUGACAUGACCGAGGAGUACCACCGCCGCCACGAGGGUGACCCGUUGGCGAUGCGCAAACUGUUGGAUCCGCAGGCUGCCCACGUCCUGGAGCUCUUCGACUCCCUGGGUCUCAAGCCGUUCCAGGAAAUGGACGUGAACGAGUGCCGCGAAAUAAUGAACAGCCGCCCACGACCGGAGGGACCGGCAGUAGGCAAGGUUCAGGACCUGGUCAUCAGGAACGAGCACGGGAAAGAGCCGGGCGACGUGCCGAUCCGCAUCUACACGCCCGCCACCGAAGGGCCGUGGGGCACGCUGGUCUGGUACCACGGCGGGGGUUGGGUCAUCGGCAACGUGGAAACUGCCGACGCGACCGCGCGCGAGCUCUGCGUCGGCGGCAACUGCGUGGUGAUCUCGGUGGACUAUCGCCUCGCGCCCGAGUACAAGUUCCCCACGCCCUUUGAAGAUUGCCUGACGGCGACCAUGUGGGCGAUGGCGAAUGCCAACGCGCUGGGAAGCCGCGCCGACCUCAUCGCGGUCGGAGGCGACAGCGCCGGCGGCAACCUCGCCGCGGCCGUGGCCCUGGCGCAGGACGACUUCCCCCAGCCGCUCGCCUUCCAGUUGCUGGUCUAUCCUGCCACCGAUUUCGCCUACGAUACGCGUUCGUACAACGUGAACGGGCAGGGCAUGUUCCUGGAGACCGCGAGCAUGCGCUGGUUCUGGGACCAUUACAUCGACAAUACCGAUCUGUCCGGUUACAACAUCUUCGCAUCGCCCGGCCGGGCCCGGUUGUCGCCGGACCUGCCGCCGGCUCUGGUGAUCACGGCGGAGUUCGAUCCGCUGCGCGACGAGGGCGAAGCCUACGCUGGCGCCCUUGAAGACGCCGGCAUCGCCACCACGCUGAUCCGGUAUGACGGCGUUAUCCACGGAUUCUUCGGCCUUCCCCAUGUCAUCGACAAGGGUCGGCAGGCCGUGGACGCCGCCUGCGCCCAACUGUCAGACGCAUUCGGCGCCGCGCUGGGGCAACCCGAGGCUAUGGCCGCCGCAGACAACUGA